UUUCUCAAUUUUCCCGGAUCGGCGUUUAACCACCUCAGGCCGGCGACAAGCAGAGGCGGUGGUUUGACGGAGAGCGAAUCGUACUCUUGUAAUUCGAAAUCAACAUAAGGUUUCGAUUUGCUAUGGGAGACUCCUGGGAUUCAACAAGUUCAUUGGCUCCAAUUGAUUCUGGUAAUAUUGGUUUUCAGUGGUUUGGUUGCGCCUUAAGUUAAUGGUGCAAUUGGGUUGUUUCAGCUCUUAAAGAAGCAAGGUUGGAGGGAAGGUACUGGUCUGGGAAUCAGCAAACAGAAGUGUUGUUUCAGUAGAUUACCAACAAGUGUUUGUGUACUUUCGAGCUGUUUAGAAGAAGCCGGUUUUCGGGGGAUACUGGUGCCUGUAGAAACGCAGGAGAAACAUAACAAACUUGGGCUAGGAGCAGAGAAACCAAAGAUACAAAGGAGAAAGAAACCAGAAAUGUCUCAGGGUACAAUUUAUCAAAACAGUGAGAAAGUGUCGAAUGCUGUGGGUGAGUCCUCUGGAUCAAGCUGCUCAUGGGCAGCUAUCAGUUCUUCCAACAUUGGGUUUCAGCUCUUAAAGAAGCAAGGCUGGAAGGAAGGCACUGGUCUUGGAAUCUCUGAACAGGGUAUAUUGGUGCCUGUACAAACAGAACCGAAAAAUAACAAACGAGGACUGGGAGCUGAAAAAACAACCAAGAGAAAAGCGGUAAAGCCUCAGGCUAUAGAGUCUAGACACAGCGAACAGGAUGAAGAAGUCCCCAAGAAAACCAAGAAACUUUCCAAGAAAAUGCGGAAGAUGAUAGAGCACGAGAAACAUUUACAGGAAAAGGAAUUUGAACGAGCCUUCUUUAGGGAGUUCUGGCCUGAUAAUGUAUAAGGUAGAAACUUCCGUUUGUUCUUUUUGACCUUGAAUGUUCCAAAAGGUUUAUAUGUACUUAGAAAUUAGAAUAACUCUGAUUCUUAUGCCGCAAAAUUGAAUAUAAAGAUUCGAUUGUUUGUU